UUUUUAUGAUAAUUGUAAGAUAUAAAAAAUGAAAGCGUUUGCGAUUUAGAAAAAAUAUUUAAAUCGUCAGAAUUGUUUGAGGAAUGUAAACUUCUUGUUAUAUAACUAAUUGUAAGAUCUCGAGAAAAAGAUACGAAAGAUAUACUGCAAAGAAUUUAUUGCACCAAUUGUUUGGACUCAUUGGAAAAAUAGACGCAUAAAGUUAUAUAUGUGAUGGAACUAAUGAAACGUAAAAGGACUGGGAAAUACCAGUUUCUGACUUUUCAUCACAAGGAAAAAUUUGUGUUAAAUGAGAACGUGGUCCAUAAUAACACAAUAACACACAAUAACACAAGAGGGAAUAAAAAUUAUUUGUUCUUAUAAAUUCUAAUUUUGAUCAAUCUCUUAUAAAAAAAAACAAUAUCAUAUUCGAAAAUUUAAAUUACAGUAUUAAAAAUUUCUUCAAUCGAGAAUAUUGUUAUGUUCAACAUGGAUAUCAACAUGGAUAUCAGUGGACUAAUCAAUGAAACGAAAAGAAAUUAUUUUUUCUUGUAAACAAAUUUUUAUCAAUUUUUUAACGGUCAUUCCCAAUGGAAAAUUUUUAAAACAAACGAUAAUUUUCUCGAUUUCGAACAUCAUUCAAGGAAACUAUUAAUUAUAGUUGAUAAAAUAAAGGAAAAUUAUAUGCUUUUGUCACAAAAUUUUUUUUAUCAAGUUCGUAUGAGGUCAUUUUUCAUACUUGCAAUAAUUAAAACAUUUACGUGAUAAAGACGACAAACGACGGAACAAUACUCAUGCAUACUUUUUAGUCACCUCAAUUUUAGCCACCUCUUUUUUACUUUCACACGAACGGAAGGAACUCUACGUUUCUUUUUCUAACACACAUGGCGAUCGUGCCAGCGUGGAGGGGAUGAAAGAGUCAUGGAACGCAGUAAUCGCGAGUGUAUAUACAUGUACAUAAACGAACGAAUCAGUCGUGCUAUUGGAAAGACCUCGUCUUGACGUCUUUCUCGUCUUUCUCUUGUGUGUAUAUUUCUCUUUUAGAUAAUAUUUAGAAGUUAUAUUUUUAGGAUCGUCGAAGUAUAACAUUCCGUAAAUUUUUUCUUGAUAAAAAAAAUAUCGUAAUGAAACAUUUCGAUAUAUAAAGAAGAUCGUUAUUCGUUAUACAUUAAUAUAACUCUUGCUUUAAACAUUUCAAUUUGAGAUUGAGAUCGAGAUCGAUACAGUUAAGUGAAAUUACCGUUCGAUCCGUGAUGAUCCUCGAGAAACGUUGAAAUAGAACACGAACAUUAUUAUAGUUUUUCUUCCAUCGAAUGUGUUUAUAAAUCAACAAUAUUAGUUUUAUUAUUUUUUUUAUUUUCUUUUUAUUUAUUUUUUGUUUUUAUUUUUUAAUAUAAAAAAGAUCGAGGAUUGAAAAAUAAUUACAACGAUCGAUUUCUUCGAUUCUACAAGAAAUUAAAAGGAAAUAUUUCUUUCUCUUUGGGAAAAGAAAUGAUCACGUUUAUAAUAUUCCUAGGACUAAUUGUCUUGGGUAAAUCACAAUUGAUUUAUCCGGAUCAAUACGAAUAUCUGAAAACCUCAACUUAUCCGGCUUAUGCUAAUAGUCAGCAACGAUCAUAUCCUGCUGCCGUUGCAUACGCUGAACCAGCAGCAGGAGCAGCACCCGUGGCAUAUUAUACAGCAGGAGCAGCACCCGUGGCAUAUUCCGCACCAGCAGCAGCACCCGCAGCAUAUUCUGCAGCAGCACCCGGAACAUAUUCUGCAGCAGUACCCGCAGCAUAUUCUGCAGCAGUAGCAGCAGCACCCAUGGCAUAUUAUGCAUCAGGAGCAGCACCCGUGGCAUAUUAUGCACCAGGAGCAGCACCCGUAGCAUAUUAUGCAUCAGGAGCAGCACCCAUGGCAUAUUAUGCAGCAGCACCAGCAUCCAUGACAUAUUAUUCAUCACCAGCUUCUAUCGUAAAUCAAUUAUCUGGACAACGGACAAGAGAUUCCUUAUCUCAAGCUGCAUCACAAAUAAAUGUUAAUACAAUCGCGGCACCGAUUUCACCUCUUGCUCAAUCAUUACCAUUAGAUUGGGCUUAUCGAGUGAAUGAUAUAAUCUCGAAAGGUGUCACGAAAUUAGCUCUAAAUAUCCAAAAUGUACUAUAUGCUAACAAUUUGGCAUCAGUAAAAAACGAAAAAGACAAUAUAGUAUUCUCGCCACUUAAUAUUGCUGGAUCUCUCGCAUUAAUUCAUUUAGGAUCAGCGGGAAUAACUUUCGAAGAGGUAUCAAGAAUCCUUGGACUUGCUAUGGGAGUAGACAUUUCUACGCAUUCAGAACUCGUUCAUCAAAUUUUCGGAUUAUUGAUUUCUGUAGUCCAUGAGAAAGCUGAAUCUACAAGGAUUAUAGACAUUGCAAGUGCUAUUUUCUUGCAGGAAGGUUUUCCAAUUCGACCAGAAUUUAAGACAAUCAGUGAAAAUGUAUACCAAAGUGCAAUAAUGAAUCUUGAUUUUCAAGAAAGAGGAAAGGAAGCACAAGACAAAAUAAAUGCAUGGGUAAAAGAAAACACAAACGGAAAGAUUUCAACGAUUUUAAAUGAUAUACCAUCACCUGCCACGAAAGUGAUCAUAGCUUCGGCAUUAUACUUCAAUGCCGAAUGGAAUAGAUAUUUCAUAAUGGGAGCUACUGGUAGAAAAAAAUUUUCCAUCGAACCAAAUGAACAGAUCCUAGUAGACAUGAUGUACAAUGCUGGAGAUUUUCCUUUUUAUGAAGAUAAAAAUUAUGGCGUUAAAAUUGUUGGUCUACCAUAUAAAGGAUUAGAUACUACUAUGUAUAUUAUGUUACCUAAGGCAGAAGGUGCAAGAGCAUUAGGCGAAUUUGAGAGGACAUUAACACCAGAGAUCAUUGAAUAUUUAAUUCAAAAUAUGAAAAAUCAAACCACUAUAUUAGGGAUGCCUAAAAUGAAGAUUACUAGUUCUUUAAAAUUGAAAAAAGUACUCGAGAGUUUAGGUUUAACAUCUUUGUUUAAUCCGGCAACAGCAGAUCUGAGUUUAUUAUCACCUGGUUCAAGAGAACUGAUUGCAAGCGCAACUCAAAAUCCAACAACUAAGAGCAGUAAAAGCUUUAAUGAUCAAAAUAGACAAUUGAACAAUAGAGACCAAUUAGUUUUCUCAAGAUUUGGUGGUAAUUCAGACGGAGGGCAAGUGUAUAAAAAACAUUUAUUCAAAUAUACUGACAAUACUCGCCAUUAUAAUAUCGAGCAAUGGGCUACGGGAUUUAAUAUAAGAAGAAUGCAAAGGAAACGACGUGAAAUCGAAACUGAACUAAUCGACGAUGAAAAUAACGUUAAAAGAAUUCGAAGACAAAGUAGACCUAUGUCUGAAGAUUUUCUCCGUAUUGUUGAAAAUAGAAAUUUCCGAUCAUAUGGGUUGGACGAUCUUAGAAAUAGCGCGACUUUAUCUAAUCCUGGUUUAUAUGCUGAUGAGGUAUUACAUAAAGUAGACAUUGAAAUUAACGAAAAGGGUACUGAAGCUGCAGCAGCAACUACAAUUAUCUUAGAAAGAGAUGGUAGACAAAAAAGGUUGUUAGCUAAUAGACCCUUCCUAUUUUUCAUUAGACAUAAUCCUACAAAAUUGAUAUUGUUUUGGGGUACUAUAAACACACCUACUCCGAAUUUUUCUAAUACGUAAAUAAAAAUUUGUAUCUAAUAGUAUUUAAUACUUUGGAUUAUAAUUGCAUCUAUCUAUCUAUCUGUCUAUGUGUGCGUACGUGCGUGCAUGUGUGUGUGUGUGUGUGUGUGUGUGUGUGUGUGUGUAAUUAGCUUUGAUAGAGCUGAACUCUAUCAUAAACUAAAUUGAUUAAUACCUAUUUAAUUAUAUUUCAUUUGCAUAUGAUGCUUAUGUAAGAUUCUUUUUUUUUUUUUUUUUUUUUUUUUUUUUUUUUUUUUUUUUUUUUUUUUUUUUUUUUUUAUAGAACACCAAAGAAAUUUAACUUCAAAUCAUUUAAGAGCUUAUCAUUCAUCUACAUUAGAUUAGUUAGUAUAUAAAAAUAAAACAAUAUACUUUUUUAACAAAUGAGUACGAUAUUUGAAAUUCUAUAUUAAUGUUACGAAUAUUAAUAAACAAAAAAAAUAAUAUGAAUAUAUAUAUUCAUAUCAUGCUAUAUAUUCAUAUGCUGUGCUGUUCUAUGCUAUGUUAUACUAAUUUCAAACAGAUAAUAUAUAAGAUAUAAUGAGCUCUGCUGGUUAAGGGCAAUGUUCUUUUUACGUUAGAUCCAACCUUCUAAACUAAAAUGGAUUUAUUUGUUUUGCAAGAAUGUAAUAUUUUGUUCUGUAAGAAUGAAGGAAGUAUGAGGAAAGUAACAAUGAAAAACGAAUGAAACAAACAAAUUAACACAAAUUAAUUAAAACAAAUGAACAUAUAUUAAUUUCUUUGAAAAAUUCCUCUAAGUACCAAUUAUAUUAUCGUUCCUCUAUCGAUGUUAACGGGAAGUGUUAGAGUUUAAACAUUAGUAAAAUAAUAUUAUUUAUUAAUUAUAUUCUUCUGAGUUUGUGAUUUAUAUUAGUUGAAAGACUAAAUUGAAUUUAUUUUAUAUCGAUUUUAUCUUAUGAUCUUUGUCAUGUUUUUAAGAAUAUUCUAUUGUUUAAAUAUUAGUAAAGUAAUCUUAUUUAUUAAUGAUUCCUUUCCGAAUUUAAAUGUGUGUCUAUUUCACACGAUUGAUUUUAUUUCGAUAAUGCAAGAUUUACUUCUUAUAUCUAUAAAAUUAAAAAUCAUCGUUAUCUUAAUCUGCGUUUAUCACGUAUAAAUUUAUGUUCCAGUGAAUGUAAUUUCGAAAUAUUCAUAACUUUUAACAUAUUCCGAAAUCUAUAAUAAAUUAAUUAUAUCGAA